GAUGCAGGUACUAAGCAAGAUGACACCGGUGCCCGUCACCUGCCUUGAAUAUGUGCACCCGUGGACGCAAUCGUGCACACUGGCAACGGCGGAACUGAUGAUUGUCGGUGUGCAGUACUGUUUACGGAUAUAUGCGGCCGUUUAUGCGCUGUCCCUCGUAAUGCGCGGUCGCAUACCGACACUGCCAGAGCUGAAGAAAACACUGCGCGGUUGGCUGCAAUCGACCGCCUUCCUAACAACGAAUGCAUUUAGCUACUCCAUGCUUAUGUGCUCGAUACGAAGAGUGAUGGGAAACUACAACUUCUAUACGGCCUCCUAUGUGCCAGCAUUCUUUGCCGCACUCAUAUCGAUCAUGGUAGAACGCUCGUCCCGGCGGGCACUGUUAGCCCUGUAUGUAUCGAACGUAGCGACCGAAACCAUGUGGAACAUACUGCAAUCGAGAGGAUUAGUGAAAUCUAUCCCACACGGAGAGAUUGCCAUUUUUGGCCUAGCUACCUCGGUGCUGAUGUACUGCUUCCGGAAAAACCGUCAAGAAACCUACCGGGAUUCAAUGUUUGACGUUGUGAAGUUUGCGAUCGGUGAUAGUGAGGUGAUGAAAGUGGCUCCAAUUGCGGCGACGCCCGAAGAACCAACCAGCCGGGAACAGAACCCACGGACUUCGAAAAGUCCAAAGUACCCGUUACCAUUCAUACAGGCUGUUCUGCAAGCCUAUCUACAGCUUACGGGACGGUUGAAGGCGAUGGGAAAGCAUCGGCUCUGUCGCCAUCGGUACGGAUGUCUGUACGAUACGCUCUCUAGUGGUGGACGCAUGUUUUCGAUCGGUCUUGGGAUACAGGUCGUGAUGAAAGCGGUGCUCCAAAUGCGAAAGUUCAUUAGCCGACCUGAACUGAUACGCAAAACGUUCCUUAACAAGGAGAUAGCUCGAUUGGGGCUGUUUCUCGGUGGAUUUACCUCUAUUUAUAAGAUGUCUUCCUGUCUGCUACGUCAUUUUACCGACAGUGAUAGUCCAAUGUUUGCCUUUCCUAGCGGUCUUUUAGCUAGUGUCGCAUUCGCCUUCUACUCUGACAACACGAUUGCCUUGUACAUUAUGUGGAAAACGUUACAGAUAACCUAUAACUGGGGUAUAGAAAAAGGUUACUUACCGAGAGUGCCCGGGUUCACCGUGAUGCUGUACGCCGUCAGUACCGCACUACUAUUUCAUGCUGCCACAAUCGAGCCGCAAAAUCUACGACCCAGCUACUGGAAAUUCUUACACUCUAUCUCGGGUGGAAGAAUUUGCAUCAUGGAUCGUAGUGGGUUCGAUGUGUACGGUUUGGAUACAUCCGGCCAAAUACGCGCAAUGAUGAAGCUAUGUAAAACGGAACCAAUCCUUCAGGGCCAACUGAGUUGAGAAGCUUAC